UGUGCGGAGCUACCUGUGUGUUUUGUGUGCAACGAGAUGUUAUGUGUACUCUGACGUCAUUAACGUAACGCCCGUGUAACUUUAUCUAAUCGAGAAUGCGCUUGUUUAUGAGAUAGUGUAACGCUUGUUUUAGUAAAAGGAUCAAAGUUUAAAGAGUGUACGGAAUGCUUCACGUAUCGAGAUCUAUUUCCGGGCGCCGGCUAUUGCCGUUUUAGUAUAAGCUCUGCUCAUUCUGAAGGAGAACAUGCGCGAGCUCGGCCGCGGCGGCUCACUCGUCGCUGCGACCAUAGCGGCGCUGCACAGUCGCUCGUCUGCCGACGCCAAGCCUCGGCCGGUCAAUUCGAGAUCGACCACCGAGGAGAAUAGAAACGUUCUGCUGCCCCUGAGGGAGGCCGAAGUUGAAGACUUUUCCUCGCAACGUUUCUCGGGAGUCAGCGAUCGCCCCGCGUCGACCGCUUCGGACGCAUCGGAACGCGACUCGGCCUCCGUUCAUUCUAGCGAGGCGCCACCCCUGCGCGAGAGCGGUGAUUCGGACAGUCCCGACGAAGCGACUCUGAAAUGUUCGAAUUGGACGGAUCGCGCCGGGAUACCGACGCGAGCUGACUCGUCCGACUGUGACACUUCGACGUCUGAGGAAGAGUCGGAGGAACAUGAAUACGAUACGAGCAGUCGUGUCGCCGACUACCAAACGCUGACGCCGAGUAGACAAUUGGACAAUUCGGCGCGUUGUGACAAUGACUUCAAGUGGAUGCCGAGCGAAGACAUAAUGGAGGAGGCGGGAGAGCCCCCGUUUUUGAUCUCUCGGGUAGAAGAUUUUUCAUCGAACGCCAGCUUAGACCGGAGACGGCGACCUCCGAGCGAUCGCAGCGAUCGUGACAGGAAAACAAGGUCGUCGCUGUCAACGAAGCCACCGCAGCAUCCGGCGAGCGUUCGCGCCUCUCCACGAUCUCGGCAUUCUUCAAGGAAUGAGGAGACGCCUCCAGAUCUACAGCGUCGAUGGAACUCGUAUGAGCAUUUCCGCUGGCCCGAGGGAGGAUGGUGGCCUCCUCCUCCUCCAGUAUGCUGGUGCCAUGGCCCACCUGCGCCGCCGCCGUGCUGCAUGCAUGAGCGAGCAUGGCCCUCGCAUCCGUCUCUACCGGUACCGUCGCGUGCAUACAAGAAUGACGCAGAGGACAGAGUACGAAGACUGGAAGCUGAUAAGGAGAGCCUGCAGUUGCAAGUGCAGGUCCUGUCGGAGCAGAUCGCAGCACAGACUGAGAAGAUGGCCGACCUGGAGCGGUCCCUGCACGACACCAGGCAACGACUCGACGAUACGGACCAAAGACUACAAAAGGAAAUGCUACAACGUUCAUCGCUGGAGACGCAAAAGCUGGAGCUGCUGUCGAAGCUGAGCGAGGUGCGGUUGCGAGCCGCCGAGCGAGGCCUGGCGGAGCGCUCGCCGCCGCCCGAGCCCGCGCCCGUGGCCCGCCCCGCGCCGCCCCGGACGCCGCCUGCGAACUACGGUCGUCAGAUCGAGAGAAACACGCACUUGUACUCCUCCCUGCCGCGGUCCUCCGUGCUCUCCUCCGAGGCGCGAGUGGCGUUCGGUAAAAACAACAUGGUGGUGGCGCGCGGCCGCGGACACUCUGUGCCGAACUUAGUUGAGAAAGACGAAGUAAUACCACGCGGCAGCCCGUCGCCCUCACUACGGGAGGUGCGCUCUCGGCUGGGCAGCGGGGGAGGCGUGAGGCUGGAGGGGGACGAGCUGUCGCGCUCCUCGCUGCGAGCCUCCGCGCCUCGCCAGCGACCGCAGACCAUGCCUUGGCAAACGACAGACGUCCGACAAUGGGACUGUGAGACCACGUGCGGCUGGCUGGAGAGCUUGGGCCUGGAGACGUACGCGGGGCUCGCGCGUGCGUGGCUCAACACUAGCCCCGACGCGCGGGGCGUGCUCGCGUCCGCCUCGCACUCGGCCAUUGAGAAGGAGUUGGCCAUCAAACAUCCUCUGCAUAAGAAGAAGAUAGUUCUCGCUCUCACUGAUUUGUUGGGAGGUCACGGUGACCCGCUUUUGACGGCCGCUGGUCGAUUGGACACGGCGUGGACGCUGCGCUGGCUGGAGGACGUCGGCGUGUGCGGGGCGCGCGCGGCGGCGGCCGACGCAGCGCUGGACGGACGCGGCCUGCACCGCCUCACGCACACCGACCUGCACACGCACCUGCGGGUCGCGCACGCACUGCACGCGCUCUCCAUACGACGAGGCAUCCAAGUGCUACGCGACAACAAAUUCAACCCGGAGACGAUGAUUCGUCGUGCCCCCGAAGCCGAAGUGGUGGACGUGUCGGUGGACGGGGAGCAGGAGGUCCCCAAGACUCCCACCGCGGAGCUGGCGCGCUGGUCCUCGCACCGCGUCAUGCAGUGGCUCAAGGAGAUAGACCUCGCGGAGUACGCGCCCAACCUCAGAGGAGCUGGGGUCCACGGAGGCCUGAUGCUGUUGGAGCCGCGGUUCACGGCCGAACUGUUGGCCGCUCUGCUCAACAUCCCCGCCAACAAGACGUUGCUGCGGCGGCAUCUCACGCAGAGAUUUAACGACCUGCUCGGCCGCGAUGUGAUACAGCAGAAGCGGAACGCUGAACAAACGUUGGGUUACCAGCCUCUCACAGCAACUACCAAAUAUAAGGUGCCAAAGAAGAGUCAGUUCUCGCUGAAGCGCAAGAAGAGCAAAGACGACCUGGAGCUGGGCGAGCUGGUGUGUCCGCUGCACGACGAUUGCUCAGGUGACCUAACCGCCUCGCCCAUGAUGAAAGUAAAAUCAGCAACAGCGGGCGUCGCGUCGGCUGUCUCUCCCCCGCGUGACGACGCGCGCACGCACUAGUGCGGGCUCAGCCUAGCAUAGCCUAGCCUAGCCUAUACUCUGGCAAGUUUGUUGAUGACACUCCUAUUAUAUGCGGGCGACGGGGGAAAAGACUGCGCGGGUGUGAAAUCGCUAGCCCAGCUCUGUGAGCCUAGCCUAUAGUCUGGCAAAUUCGUUGAUGACACUCCCAUUAUAUGCGAGCGACGGGGUUAAAUUGUGCUUGCGGGGAAGUGAGAGAGCACGUCCCCCGGCCCGCGCGGACCAUCAGGUGUGCUACGAACGAAGUUGCCAAACUAUGGACUAGCGUAGCUAGUUGUCAAACUAUAGCCUAGCAUAGCUCUGUGAGCCUAGCCUAGCUCUGUGAGCCUAGCCUAGCCUAACCUAGCUCUGUGAGCCUAGGCUAUAGUCUGGCAAAUUCGUUGAUGACACUCCCAUUAUAUGCGGGCGACGGGGGGAAAGACUGCGCGGGUGUGAAAUAGUGCUUGCAGGGAAGUGUGUGAGCACGCCCCCCGGCCCGCGCGCACCAUCACGUGUGCUACGAACGAAGUUGCCAAACUAUAGCCUAGCCUAGCCUAGCCGACUAGCCAGUGGCGUGCAUUUUAUAGAGGCAAAUAAGUUCUGCAUACCCUGUGUUCAUUCUUUUAUAGGAACUAAUAAUGUAAAGCAUAAGAAUAAACAUUUAUUUAACUAAAACGGAACACACGAAAUUUCAUAUAUGUCUUACUUUUGUGCUUUGCAUAAGUGCUAAAAUGCUUACCCUGGUUCAUACAGUGCACGCCACUGCGUCUAGCCUAGCCCAGUAAGAGUAGCAGCUAGGGUUCUAGCGCGUCUGUCUACAAACUGGUUUUGUAAUACGAGCUGUAUCAAUAAUUUUUUUAAUAUCUAAACAAACUAACGUCACAGUAAAAUGAGUCUUAUGUGUCUUAUUUUAAAGUUUUAUUUACCGUAAUGCUGUAAAAUGUCUCUGUGUUGGAGGAAUUUGAGCUUUAAAAUAAGGGAUUUUAGAUUCACUUUGCAUUGAUAUUAAAUUGUUAUAGUACUCAAAAACCGCCGAUGCUUUCUCGUACUGAAUUGUCGCGCUUGUAAGUAAUUCAAAUGUCAAGUCAAGUCAAGUCAAAGGUGGCCAGGUCUAAGACCAUAAGAAAACUGUCGUAGGUAUUUCAAGCUUAGAAUGAGCAGCUAUGAACCUUGUACUAAUAUCUCGUAUAGUAUGCGCCAUACUUCAAGUCCGGUCUAAACACGAACAAACAUAUACCAGCGCCAGUAACAUAGCGUGCCCAAAUGAAGAGUAAAUUUCUUACAAAAGAAACAAAAAUGCUUAAAAUGAAUAUGACAGUGACUUAACUCGGAAAAAAAGAGAUUGUUUUUAUGAAUACCUGCGCUGUUGUUCGACAUGUUGCUACUUUAGAGCGUACUAGAAAGGACAUGUCCCAAAAUGGGCCUUUAUUAUUUAUAAUUUAUAAGCAGGUCGAUAGCAUUUUUUACGGAUAUAAGGUACAAAUUGCUGUUGAGAAAAUAAUUUUUAGAAUUUUGGAACCCGCAUUAAUUUUAUUUCGUUUCGCUCUUUGUCUACAAAUUAAACAUAGACUAUACAGUAAAAGUGUACAAAACAGCCAAUAAAAACACCUAGAAUUGAAAUCAUAUCCAGUGUAAGCUGUCAAUGUCAUGUAAUAUUGUCAAAUGUCAAUAUGACACAAGUUAAAAAGAAACAAUAAAUCGUAGACAGAGAAGCAAUAAACAAAAAGAUUCCUUAAAUUGCUUAAAAACGCCUCAAACGAACGCUACUACGCAAAGAUCACUGACAAUCUGUUAGGGUGUGAGUUACCAUGAUAAAAAUUCUUAAUUAAUGCUGUCAGCUAAUGAAAAAAAUACGUUUUAUUUAAUUAAUUUAAAUAGAAUGCGGGUUCCAAAAAUUUUUUUAUUUUGGGUUUUAAGCCUUAUAUUUUGUUCAUUUAAGAUAAAAAUAAUUUGUUCUGCUUAAUUGACACUCGGAAUAAAGGCUGAGCCUUCGUACAAAAUUGGGACAUGUCUCUUGGCGCAUACUAAACGUGUUUUAUGUGCUAAUUAUUAUUACUGUAUAAUUUAUGUUUAAUUAUAUUUUUAUGUCGAAAAUCACAAUUCACGUACAUACGUAUCACGUUUCUAUAUUUAUGAACUUACGCGAAUAUAAUAUGGUGGUGCUACAUUUUUAAUAAACAUAAAACAAGCAAAAUUUUGUACAUAAUAUGUUCAGAACAUUUCAUUAUUAAAAUUCAAGGAUCUGGGAAUAUUUAAAGACGUCAUUUUGCGGACUAGAGUGAAUAAUACUAAAGGUAUAGACUCCGGCAAGUGAGUUGAACCAAAAUGGCGGUCAAACUGUUCUUGUCCGCAAAAUAGGAGCUCGCACCUCAAUUGCCAAAAAUCAUGUCGUAAACUUUGAAUAAGUAGGUUAGGAAAGAAAUGUAUUUUAAAACUAUUUAAAUUAUGAACUAAUUUAUUGAAAACGAACUUUUAUGAUUUUAGGAUAAUUCCAACGUAUUACACAAACAAUAGUUAUUAUUUCAGAGUUUUUGAAUAAGACAUUCCAAUGUUCUUACUCGUAUAGGAAUUAAUUGUUACACUCUAUGACAAAAUGCGAUCGUACGGCAAAACAGAACAUUACUUAAAUCCGUCUGUGAUCAUUAUUAUAAGGAAUUUUGCAUGUCAUGCUAUCAGCAAACCUUUAUUGCCUAUACUAAAUACUUAAACCAUUGACCUCUUAUAGUAAAAGGACGCACAAUCAUGUAGAAAAUCUCACUUGAAAACUGGCCAAUUUUGCUUUGACAGUUUUAGAAUUAUUGGUGAAGAAAAUUAUACUUAACUAUAGUCCAAUUUUCAAUAAAAUCCCAAAUUCACAGCAAAUUUAACCUUAACGAUUGAGUUUAAGGUUGUAAUUUCAAAUGCGACUACUUGAAUUGAGUGCCAAGAAGUUGCGUUUGGCACUUAUUGAGUUUUUAGGUCGCUGAUUGUGCAUCCAUAAUUGGAGAUCGAUGACAUAAACACUUUGAUUUAACAUCGUGUUACUAUGUACAACAUACUAGAGAAGAUACCAUUCAUCACAUCUAAGUUCCGUUCAACUGCGGCGAUAUCGCCGCACUUUGUAGUUUCUUGCUAGCUUGGGCGAAAUACGUCAUGUUUGACUUCAAUCCCACCUGAUGGUAAGUGACGAUGCAAUCUAAGAUGGAAGCGGUCUUACUUCUUAGAAGAAUGAAAAUCCGGAGUCAAAAAAAAUUUGGAGCAGCUUCUCUAGUAAUCCAUAGUAACUCAAUGGAUUUAAAUAUUUAUUUUUUUAAAAACCAUGUUAUCCAAUUAAUCAAAAAGUCACGACCAAUGAAAUAGCAAUGUUUAUAUUUCGUUAACCGAGACUGGUGGAUAAUUUCUAAAUUUUAGAAAUACGAAUCAAAAGUUUUCGGAAUUUUCAGACUAUGGACAUUCUGGAUUAUGGACUAGAAGGCCAUUUUGGCAGCGAAACCAAAGAGGCAUUCUCGUCAGUUUCGAAAAUUUUUGAUAUUUUAUGUGUUUCUGAAAUGUAACAAUGAGUAUUGCUAAUAUUUUUCUUAGGACACUUAGAUUUUUAUGUUUAAAAGUCUUACUUAGUGAUCUAGUAAACGACUGAGAAGUGACAAUAUAAAUCUGGUCUCAUUUCUAUAUGCUGCUGUUUGAAUAAAUACUUAUAUUAUAAAGAUUUGAUACCGUAGCUCAUUUAUAAGGUAGGAAAAACUAAUUGCGUUGAGUUUUCUAAGAGUUUUCAUUAUUGUUAGUAUUUAAAGUGUAUUUAUGAAUAAAUCACUUGAAAUAUAUUAUCCUGAAAUUAUAUAUUAUAUUAUUAACAUAGAGGAGUAUUCAGAACAUUUGUAAAUCUACCCAAACAUCGCACAAUGUUUAAUGUAAAAAACAGCAUUUAUUUUUUUCGAGGGUUCUAAAAAAUGGUGGACAAUGAACGUAUCGAAGUUACUUAAACAGGUGUUUUUUUUUACUUUUUAUUAAGAACGUUUUAUUUCUAUAAGGUUGGUAACAAAAUACUUGUUUUACUGUAAACAUUUGGAUUGAAUUUACUUUUGAAAAAAUAAAGUUUCCACGAUCCUGUUCCUACCGAACUGUGCCAAAUCUUAUAUGAAUGUUGUACUGUACCUUUACGGUUGAAAAGUAGGUAUUUGAGCUAUGUUAACAUCGAAUCUCCGAAAUAUACAGGGUGCUCGGGAGUAUUUUCCAUAACUUCAAGGUGUUGACGAGUCCACUUAAAAAAGUCGAACUGCAUAAUUUAUAUUUUUUUAACUAAAAAAUUAAACUAUUUAUGUUUUCAUACAAAGUAAUACAAAUAAUUCCAAUUAUCCAUGUUACACACGCCUUUAUCUAUCCUUGCAUUUUAAAUACGUCAAACUUGGCUACGUCAUAAUUAUAAGGUUGCGUUUAUGGCGACACAUUUUAUGAUCUAUUUACAAAAUAAAUUGAUAAUUUACCCCGAAAAUAUUAAUAUUAGAACACAUGUUCCUUGACCAUUUUUAAUUAAUUUUCGGUAAAGAAUAUAACCCCAGAGUUAUAGAAAAUACUCCCGAGCACCCUGUAUAUAUUUGUUAAUAUAUAGAUUACAUAGAAACUACGAGUUUCGUGCUAUUACCUCGGAGAUUCCAUUUUGAUUACGCUCAAAAUACAAUUUGACUUAUAUGGACCCUUGUCUUCCAUAGCUUUGUAAUGUUAAGAUAAAUACCAAGUAUUAACCGACAGAUGUAUUGUCAUCGUCAAAUAUCAUAAAAAAGAAAACAACAACUCGUUUAUACAAUAUUGUAUUAAAUAAUUUUUACAAUAACUUAAAUAAAUACGAAGUGUAAAAGUUAUUAAACACUGGAUGAAUGAAUCGA